GUGAUAGACACACAAAUAGGAACAGUCACCGCAGGUUUAUUUCCUCAUUACACUACAUCAUGUCGGUUAUGGUUUCGAGUCUCUUAUUUAGUCUUUUGUGUGUUCUGUGUGUGGUCGUGGUCCAGGCUGCAGAUGAAAAUGAUUGCUUUAGUUAUUUGGACCGAAAUGAUCUCUUCCAUGAUGAGCAGGCAUGUGGCAGAAAGCACUGCUGUGGAGAAUGCAGUAGACGAUACUGCUGCAGUGAAAAGAAAUACCAGCUAAAUCAGGAACUCUGUCCAGAGAGAUCUCUCUCUCUGACAAAAAGCAAAAUUGCUGUGAUUGUUGGAAGUACCAUAGGGACUAUAGUCCUUGUAACCCUAUGUGUGAGUGUCAUGAUCUGCUGUAUCGCUCCUUGUUGCUUGUGCUACAAGAAAUGUCGAAAAAGGCCCGACCAAAGACAGAUAAUUGUGAUAAAUUCCAACCCAUCCCAGCAGCCGCCCCACCCAGGCUAUCAGGCUGUGCCUGCAGGCCCGCCCAUGCCCACAGCUCCACCACCCUCAUACCAAGAAAUCAUCAAUCCUACUGAUUUUCCUGUUCCAUCCGGGCACCCCUUGAAACGUCUAAGCCAGCCUUGUGCACCGCCACCAUAUUCAGAUAACCCUCAACCACCACCAUUCAACCCUUCUUAUUAUCCAAACUCUUAAAAGUACAUAGCGUACCAGACUGCUUAUUACACCACACUGCAGCUUUUAAAGACCCAGGGAUGGAUGUAGAAACAAUGUUGUGUAUGCCUGUUCUCCACAAAGAAGCUGGUUUUAUAUAAAGAAAGAUUGUGAUGUGUCUCAGUUUUACAUUCAGUGAAAAUGUGCUUUUUCUUUGUGGUUGCUGACAUUGUCUAAUGACUAAUGACUGUGGCUCACACAGUGCUUUUAUAUGCAAGUAAAUAAUAACUCCACAACAUUUAUGAAGUGAGUUUUAUGAUUCAGGAUAUCUGCCUCUGCAUUAGUUUGUGAUAUUUUCUUGAGAUCAUUGAGAUGAUUUCUACACUUUUUUUGCUUCAAUCUGAUAUAUAUUUGUGGUGUUAUGUUGGAAACUAUCCAAUUUUACCUUUUCUAGAAAUGGUUACAAAAAAUAAAUUAAUUAUUAAUAGUAAUAAUUUUAUUUCCUGGGUCAAUACUUGACUCUGAAUUGAACUUUGGAGGUAAUUGCUUCUAAGUUGGGUGAUGCACCACCUCAUAACCUCCUUUGUGUUAGCAUCAAUAUCUGCUGGAGACUAGAUGCGACUGGGAAUUUGACUCGUACACAUAGAUUUCACAUUUAUUCAAACUUAGAAAGAAGACCAUAAGUAUGCAUGGCUUUAAAAAUGUGAAGAAAGGAAUGUGUAUGCAUGUUUGUGUACUUGAGCAUAGAACAUUUUUCCACAGAAUCAGAGGCUUUUUUUUGUUUGUUUCUGGCCCCUGGUUGGACUGCCAUUCUCACGGGAAUGUAAGAUGUGUGGAUUAUUUUGCGUUUGCAUGAUGAUAAUUUAGAAAUUUUGAUCAGCAUUUACUCUUUGAAUAUUAAAGCCAAUAAUAAUGGGCAGCGUGGUGACGUGGUGGUUAGCCUCAUAGCUAGAAGGUCUGGGUUUGAAUCCGCCUUGGCCCAGGCAUGACAGCUGAGAUAGGCUCCAAUGUUGUGUUUGUUACACAUGGUGUUUGUCUGAAUACGUCCCUGUCAGCUAGCAAUGUAUUUAUUAUACAAUGGAUUUAUUUUGAAAUACAAUACCAGUCAAAAGUUUGGACACACUUACCCAUUCAUAUGAAUCUCCAACAUUACUGGCUGAAAUGCACAUGGGUUUUGUGUGAGCAAAGUAAGAUGGUAGGUAAUUAAAAGAGAGUCACUCUGGUGACACAUAAAACUUUAACUUUAAGCUCCACAUACAUUUGCUCAGUAACCCAUUAAUCUUACAGACUGAAAGCAACACAGCCACUGCAGACAAAGCAACAGUGUCAGUGUGUGUGAGAGCAGAAGAACUGUGCCGUAGUUUAGUAAUAAAAGCACUGCAGGAAUCGGUGAGUUCUGUAAAAUGUUUUGAUGUUGCUUUGCAAAAAUGCCAGCAGUUAUCAAUAUCACAAAUAGAUCAUUAAUAUAGAAGCUCUGAUGGGUUAUAAUCCAGUACUUAAAAAGUUAUGGGGAAGAUAUGGUUCCCUACAGACUGUUGGCAGUCUGUGGGCAGCUUCAGAACUUCAGUCUACCUACAGCUUACAGUUUGUUGUCAGAUGAGUGCAGUGUCAAAAAUA